AUGCGAGCAUACUGGUAUGAUAACGCUCCUGGCGACCAACGUCUGCCUCAUGACUCCGGCAAGGAUGUCGAUGCAGCAGCACUAGAGCAACUCGGCGUUCUAUACUACAAGUACCCAGAAGUCGCCGCGGUGGACGCGCUGGCGCAAGAACGCGGGUACAAGAACCGGGACGAGAUCACCGUGUCCCCCGAAAAGAUGGGCGCUGUCUACGAAGACAAAGUCAAGUCCUUCUUCCACGAGCACUUGCACGAGGAUGAGGAGAUCCGUUACAUCCGCGACGGUCAGGGUUAUUUCGAUGUUCGUAGUAAGGGCGACGAGUGGGUCCGUAUUCAACUUGAGAAGGACGAUUUGAUUAUCUUGCCUCCGGGUAUUUACCAUCGGUUUACUACUGACGAGAAGAACUACAUUCAAGCUAUGCGACUCUUCAAGGACGAGCCGAAAUGGACGCCACUUAACAGGUCUGGCGAUCUAGAUUCGAACCAAUACCGCAAGGAGUACGUCUCGCAAUACCUUCACUAG